AUGGGUCAUAUGAAAGAAGUGAAACUGAAAAUAAACGUGGAGGGAAUGCUAGAAGCCUGCAAAGACAUCAGCGCUGAAGAGUCUGAGGCGCUUCUUAAGUUUGACACGCCAAAAAGCCAUGUGGUCAUACUAGACCGCAUGUUUAAAGACAACUUGGAAAUAGAGGGAGGCCCUGACAGCAACGAAGAAAAAGAGAAUAUUUUGUACAUAUUUAAGAAGAGGCUCUUUCAAUACUUUACAUACAACCUAUACGGGCAUGCGGUUAUGGAGAUGCUAUACGCUGCACUGAGGGCUAAAAAAGAUGUGCUAAUUGAAGUUCGGCUUGCCGCCUUGAUUGGCGACAUUAUAAGCUCAAACUCUCUUAUAUACAGCCCUGGAAACGGGAUAUAUAUGCCAAGUGGCAAGAACGAGCCUGCAGAGGGUAUAUUGCGCCCUGAUAACAGUCUUGAUUUGCGCUCUAGGACAUACACACUGGAGAUUGACACUGCAAAGAUUUCGAAGAUGGAGGGCUUUCUCUGCUACAAGUCGGAGAUCCUGAAUAGAGACUUUUUUGAGUACAUUGCUAAAACGCUGGAUAUAAGAGGCAUGGAUAUAGGCAAGUUUGGAAAAUAUCUGCCAGAAGAAACAUGCCACCCGCUGGAUGAGCUGUACGCCACCCCGUACGAAAACAGCAGCAUGCCUUUGGUGGACUACGGCCUCACCCUUAUCCACGAAAAAUAUUACGAGAUCAAAGACAUACUUGAGAAAAUAAAAAUAAGAGAGCUGAAUAAUGACAACAGCGAUUCAGAGGAGAUAUCCGGACAGAUUAACGAGCUGUUUCCCUUCGAGGAGGACUUGAAAAUAGUUUUUUCCAUUGGCAAGCAUCUGCAAAAAAUAAUCCAUGAAAAGGCAGUAUCCAACGGGAUGCUCAGCGCGAUGGAAUACAUGGCACAUAGCACUGACCUCUUGGACAAGAAAAAGAAGCUGACAAUAACUGCUGACUUAAGCGAUUUUGUUAGAGACUACAUAACUGGGAGAGAAGGCUUAGAGGAGAAGGUGCAUGAAAGAAAAAUAAAAGUGGACAGGAAGAUCCAGACUCUGCACGCCUUGGAAAAUAUGAAAAAAGAACACAGCCGGACAGAAAAAGGAGAAAACAGAGAAGAGGUGAUCAAAAAGCUAGACUCUGUUAUCGACAGCCUGGAAACGGAAAUAUGCACACUGCUGUAUAACAGAAGAAAAGAGUACUUGCAGAUCAAUAACAUUCGCAAUAUUUCAAACUACCUAUCUGGCAUAAGCCCUGUGCAGCAAGAAGGCAUACUCAGAAAGAUGGAGGCGUUUGGAAAAACGCAGGGCAUAGAAGUGGCAAGAGUGAAAAAACUCCUCUCAAUAAAACUCACGCGCACAAACCUAGUUAUAGUAUUCAUACUGUUCUGCGGCAUGCUUAUGCUGCUGUCAACAGUAGGCUCUAAUCUAAUGAGCGGAAUAAAGUCUAACAGCUCUAACUAG